UACGUGCGUCGGCCAUAUUGGACCUCCGUUCUUCAAGGGUAACUGAACACACAAGGCGAAGCAAGAUGUACCGGUUUGCCAAAGCUGCAAUCAACGUUACCGGUCAGGCAGUGCGGCAGGUGAGGCAUGGAUCCUCUGUCCGUAAGGACUUCCACUACAAGUAUGGCAAUGGCCUGAUGGUUGGUGGGAUUGCCUUCUGCGGGGCUGUGUGGUCAUAUGUCCUGACACAGACUGGCAUCGUCUGGUAUCUGUCACCAGUUGGAAAGGUCAUGCCCAAACCAUGGAGAGAGACCGAGGAAUAAAGAGCCACCAUGACAGACUUAUGUCUCACCCAAUAAGCCCUCUUGUUGUACAGAUGAAUAAUAGACACUGAAUACUGAUUCCAACAUGUUACUUUGUCGAAAUAAAUUAAAUGUGAUUCUA